AUGGCAAGAGGCCGAGCGCGACAGAUCAUCUUCCGCAUCUUCUACAGCACCUCUUUCACGGCCGUCUUCAUCCUCCUCAUCAUAUUCAGCGCCGUUACACCUGCCGACACCAUCUACGAGUCCUACAAACGGAAUCGCCUGAUCGAUAUCUUCCUGAUUGCCGGCGUCUACGUUUUUACUGCUCUGCUCGCAGUCCUCAUCUAUGCGUCCAGAUUAUACACGAAUCGGUCGGUGCUUAAGGAUAUACCGAAGACGUUUAUGCCCAUCGAGAAGGAAGAUCUUCCGGGCCGAAGAGUGCACCGACUCAUCCAAGAAUGCCUAGAGCGGAGUGCCGUGAUUGCUUUCCAGGUCAGGCCACGGAGUAAAAGACUCGAGCACGAUACAAUUAACGCCGGGAUGAGAAUGUUGGCCUUGACAAAGACAAAAUCAAGUACCGAUCAGACGGUCGAGCCGAGCUGGGGAAACAUCGCGCAUGCAGGGUGGUCGUCGCCGGCGUCCAAGGAAUUGCCCGGUCUCGAGUACGCGACCGUGGUGGAUGAAUUGGUUGAUCUUGUGGAAGCAAAGGCCGUCAGCGUUGCGCCAAUAGAUCCGUUGGUUGAGCCUGGGCCUGAUGGAAGUCCACUACCCAACCCGAGAGUCAUUGACGAAAUCGCUAGGCGCGGCGAUAUGGGGAUGAGAUCUUACCUUCGAUACCUCAUUGACAUUGGCGUGGUUCCGGACGAUUCUCUUACUGUCGCAUUCCUAGCGGCAUAUGAAAGAGCCCGGUUUUCGUCAGUGCCACUGAGCGACGAGGACUUCCGCGCUCUUAUGCGCAUGUUUGCCGAACUACUGCGCCACAUGACGCCGGUCGACGUUGAUCUGCUCCAUCUCGAAUCGGACUCGGAAUACCGCUCUGGACAAGAUUCGCACUCGCAAUCAGAUACCUCGAGCCUGGUGGACAGAAAGGUUGCGCAACGGUCUCGGGAUAGGGAUGCAGACACGGCCUCUCUUCCAUCCACAUACUCUGCCUUGGGCUCUGUUCGCCGUCAUAAACAGCCUCCACGCCGUGUCUCGGAAGACUCUGCGCCGUCUCUGUCAUCAUACGAACUUGUGCACCACGCACCUUCAGAGGCGGGCACCGAGAACCUCGAUGGUGAUGAAACAGGAGACGCUGAUACCCGGACACCUCAAACUGCACCAACAACAGCAGCACCACGACCCCGUUCUCGACCCCGACCGCCACUCAGGACCUCGACGAGUAGGAUGUACUCCGCUGUGUCGAGACUGGCUUCACACCCAAAUCGCUCUGGCUCCUCACACUCUGACACUGGCUCAGUCGUGCAUCAUGAUGUGGAAACACUAAGUUCACGCUCCUCGAGACGUUCAAAAAGCCGAGCCCGAAAAGAUAGGCAUAAUGGUCGUGUUCUCAGACUUGCGAGUGAAGCUGAGAAUGGGCGUGGGGGUGGGGAUGGCCAACAUGGCUUGCCCUACCGCAUCCAAAUCCCACAAGGAGAUUCCGGGUAG